UUGGAUGCAAAAUAACUUCUGGGUAGGACAGUACAUACCCUUGCGCUUCUUGUCCUUCUUGUCUGGGGCCAUCCUGCUGUAAGUCGGGAAAAAUCGCAGGCGGUUCCUGGAGGACUCUAAUCGGAGGGUCGCAAAAGGUGCGGGAAACUUUUUUUCUGCUCGCAUUUUUUCCUCCGCCAAGCGGUGAGAUCGAGCCCGGCCGAGGGCCUCGCCGCGCUCUCGAAGCUCUUCUCCGCACCCAACCAUCUCACACGCCGUUUGCUUCUACGCACGCUGCCGUCAUGGGGAAAUCAAAUGCCAAUAAACCCCUCACUCAGGAGGAGAUCUGGGAUGACUCUGCCCUUGUCCAGAGCUGGGAUGAGGCUGUUGAGGAAUACAAACUCUACCACAGCAUCCAAGCCAAAGGCGAGAAUGUCGAAGAUGUCCUGAGAGAGGCAGAGGCUGCCGAGAAAGCUCAAGCGGUGCAAGAUGAGCAGCCGUUGGACGCGUCGGCCGACCACAUGGAUGCUGACGUCGACGUGCCGGUCGUUGACACUGCUGCCAAUACCACCGCUCCAGCCGAAAUUCCGCAAGUGCCACAGGUUGCUACGUCGCAGACUGCGGGAGGGCCAGACCGGCCAUCUGGACGGAGUGGCCAUGAAACGGAGCAAACGGCUGGGCCUGGAUCCGUAGGAGCAGCUCCUAUGCCUCACCCCGCCCUAUCACAAGUCCAAGAUGAAGGACUGAAAAGCCUCAUGAUGGCCUGGUACUAUGCUGGAUAUUACACUGGCCUCUACGAGGGACAACAGCGAGCGAAUCAGAAUAAGAGCUCAUAGUAAUAUCUGCUUACUUUCGAACUGAAAGUAUAGCUACGCAAGUGGUCAGCAUGCCCAAAGAUACUUGCGUCCAGGUAGGUGUGCAUCGGGAAGUGCCCAGAAAGCUAAAAAUCAAGACGGCUGCAGAAGCAAACAGCAUCCCAUCUGGGCACGCCUAAGAGCAAAGCUUUAGCCCAGGCAGAAAGU